UAAUUCCCUAAUUCAGCAAAUCCGAGAAAAUGGACCGCUACGAUCUCGAAAUGGAGAAAGCUCGAUUGCUUAACUUGGCUCUCAAUUUGGGUUUCGAUGAGGAAUUGGCCAGCGACUGCUUGAAUCGUCUGGUUGAUCUCUACGGUGAAGAUGGCCAGGAUUUUAUCACCGUGGAGCUUUGUGGUGAUGAGUUCCUUUCACGGCUAGCUGAAGCCGUUCAAGACACUGAAGAGUGGGAUGAUUUACAAGCAAUGGAGACUGAAGCUUGCGGAGCAUUAAAUGACAUGUUUGGUAAUGGUAAUGAAGUGGGUGAUGAGGAGAAUGCUAGUGCCGAAACCAGCAUGGCAGAAGAGUCAGUCGAACAUCAAAAGUACCCAAAUUUGUUGGUACUAGAUUCUAGUGACAGUGAAGAUUUUGAAUUAAAAACUCCGUUGAGAAGAAAAGUUGGAUCCUUGUCCUCAUCAUGUCCUGUUUGGAGCACUGCUGCCUGGCCCCAGAAUAUGGAAAAGACUUCUUCUAGACCAAGAGAUUGUGAAAGCACCAUUAGUCGAGACACAGUUUCAUCAAUUUCUAGUAAUAAGCAGUGUGCUCGAACAUUAGAGGAUGAAUUUAAGACUCUUACUUAUGAAGAACUACAGUUGCUGGAUGAUGCUGAGCUGGCCAAUGUUGUGAUAUUUGGUAAUAGGACCUUUCGACCAUUGCAGCAUCAGGCUUGUAAAGCAGCCAUGGCGAAGAAAGAUUGUUUUAUCCUAAUGCCUACUGGAGGGGGUAAAAGCUUGUGUUACCAGCUUCCUGCAACCCUGAAACCAGGUGUGACAAUAGUCGUAUCUCCACUACUUUCUCUUAUUCAGGAUCAGAUAGUUACUCUGAACUUAAAGUUUGGUAUACCAGCAACUUUUUUGAAUUCUCAGCAAACUGCUUCCCAAGCAGCAGCUGUCCUUAAAGAGCUGAGGAAGGAUAAGCCAUCAUGCAAGCUUCUGUAUGUGACUCCUGAGAGAAUUGCUGGAAGCUCAUGUUUUCUUGGGGUUCUAGAAUGCUUGCAUUUGAAGGGGAUGCUAGCAGGAUUUGUUGUUGAUGAAGCACACUGCGUAAGCCAAUGGGGACAUGAUUUUCGUCCGGAUUACAAGGGAUUAGGAUGUCUUAAGCAGAAAUUUCGAGAUGUUCCAGUGAUGGCUUUGACUGCUACUGCAACCCAUACAGUUCGGGAGGACAUACUAAAGAUUUUGAAAAUUUCCCAUGCUCUUGUCCUUGAAAGAAGCUUUGACAGGCCCAAUUUGAAAUAUGAAGUCAUUGGUAAAGCCAAGGAACCACUAAAGCAGCUUGGGCAGCUAUUGAUGAGCCGUUUUCAAGACCAGUGUGGAAUCAUAUACUGCCUUUCCAAAAGUGAAUCAGUUGAGGUUUCAAACUAUCUGAAUGAUAAAUUUAAGAUUAAGACAGCACAUUACCAUGCUGGGAUGGCAGCUCGCCAAAGAGUUGCUGUGCAAAAGAAAUGGUACUCAGGAGAGAUCCAAAUUGUAUGUGCUACAAUUGCUUUUGGGAUGGGAAUAGACAAGCCAGAUGUUCGUUUUGUUAUACACAACAGCCUAUCCAAAUCAAUUGAAAGUUACUAUCAAGAAUCUGGAAGGGCUGGCAGAGAUGAUCAUCCUUCAGCGUGCAUUGUCCUGUACCAGAAGAAGGAUUUUAGUCGGGUUGUAUGUUUGCUGCGAAAUGGACAAGGGUGUAAAAGUCAAAGAUUCAAGGCAGCUAUGGCUCAAGCUCAGAAAAUGCAAGAGUAUUGUGAAUUAAAGGCUCAGUGUCGAAGACAAAUGUUGCUCAAUCACUUUGGAGAGUCUUUCAAUGAAAGCGCCUGCAAAAAUGGAUCCAAUCCUUGUGAUAACUGUCUCAAAAGUUCUAGAAAACGAAGAAGUAACACAACUGUCUAAAGAGUAAAGACUACCCCUGGAUGUGUUUUGUCACGCUGAUUUCAACUUCUUUGUCAUCAGGCAUUAGCUUGCUAAUUUGGUCCAUGAUGACUUGCAUAUGAUCAUUAUGAUGUAAGUAAAGAAUA